AUGGCGGGCAGCCCGCGGCAGGUCGCUCUGGUGGGGACGGCCGUUGCUGUCGCCGGCGGGGUCGCCUACGCGGUGUGGAGGAGCUAUUUCCCCUCAGAAGCUGCUCAGGGGCCCGAGGAGCAACAGCAAGAGCAGCAGCCCUUACUCUGCUCUCAAGAAAGCGCCGCCCUGGGCUGCGCAAGGGCCCCCGAGAACCAGGUAAGCACAUAUAUAUAUAUAUAGCUAACCCACGGCGUUUUCCCCGAUAUAUCUCGGAAUUUUCUUAGGCCCGGUUCUCACGUGCAGCUAGCACGGAAGUUAGAACGCGUGUCUGGCCCUGCCUGCGCGCGUUUCAGGCUCGCCUGGGCGAAAUAAAUCCCAGCGCACAGAAAGGGAAAGGCAGCAUUACUCCAUAUAGACUUCUGCUUAGGUUUCUGUCGCGUGAGACUCUCCAUCCUACAUUUCGAAAGAGGUGCAAGCCAGACGCGGGUGGGUCGCCUCCCGUGUGCGAGAAUUACAUUUGCCAUCGUUGCACGAAAUGCAGUCUAGACACUUGGAAGGUUUCACGCACACCCACAAAUUUCCCUUUCAUGGUUGUCGCUCCCCGUCCCCACCAUAAAACUACUGUUUUUUUGCGCGGGGAAGAGCAGUGUUAGGUCCUAGUUUGGGAAGAUCUGCUGCUGCUUUUGCUGCUAAUAUUGUACUUUGGAGGGUUUAAUUCCGCUACAUUGUCUGCUUUGCCUAGCUGGGAAAGAGGAAAUGCUAGACAGCGUGUCUGUUUUUGGAAGGAGGAGUGGCAAAAGUUGCAGGAACCGAAGAUCGCUUUAUCUGCUGAAGUUGAAUGCACAGGUUGUCACAAACCUUCUUUAAUUCAGUGAGAUAUGCUUCUGAAUGAAUGUGAAUCUGAUCCAGCUACGUUUAUAUCCCACUUUUUAUCCAAGGAGCUUAAAUUUUGCAUCAUUCUGCCCUUCUCACCUUUAUUCUCCCAGCAACCCUAUGGGGUAGGUUAGGUUGAAAGACAGUGACAGGCCCAAGGUCACCCUAUGAUUUGAACCCUUGUCUCCUAGGUCCUAGUCCAGCACUCUUAACGACUACACCAGGUUGGCUCUCUUGCAACUUCUGCUAAUAAAAAAAAAGACCUAUGUUUCUGUAUCUGCCUGAGAGCUUUUGUAAAAAAUAACAAAAUGACUACACAAAUGUGCAGAUCCCAUGUGGAGAUUGUCAUGCCUCUCCCCCGUGCAGUUUUUCUGCAGUUUCCUACAUGCAGGUUCAAUCCAAGCAAAGAUCCAGUGGUAUCAGAUGAAAUGAGGUCAUAAAGAGGGGUAUUGUGGAAGCACAGAAGCUCAUUUUAUAAAUUCAGUUUGUCAGCAGUCGCUGGCCUGGGCCACAAAAAAACACAUUUGCAGUGACCAAACUUAGGAGCUUUUGUAAACUGAAAGAAAGUUUGUUGUUUUCUGCCUAUCAAAGUUAGACAAAUGUCUUAGCAUAGCUACACAGGUGAGACCUGCAACAAAAUGUUGCAGUGUAUGCUCCUCCCUUCCUGAAUUGCUCCUUUUCAGCAUGCCAGCCAAGCCCUUUCCAGGAUGCUAUGAGCAGAAAAUAGCUGAAGCACAACAUUCAAUUCCCAUUCUAGUUUUCUGCUUAUUUUUCUGAUACUCAGCAUUCCAUGACUACUGAGCCUGAGUCUUCAAUGACUAUCUGGGGCUUUUGUCUACCUAAGGUUAUUUUGUUUGUAAAACAGCAACUUUUGCAAACCUCUGUAUUUCCCACUUGAUUCCCCGCAUUGCUAUUCCAGUUAUAUAGCUUUUGGCACACACUGCAUUAGUUUGCUAUUAGAGGGAGUAAGGGCAGGUGAGCUGGUAAAAAAAUACCUGUUGAUUGGUUUGCAGGGAAGAGGGGAAGAACCUAGCAUAAAAUAAGGGGCUAACUUCAAUUUCUGGAAACAUUUGGUAGCUUUUAUAGUUCUCUUCAUGUUCACUCUGAUACUGAGGCAUAAACAUUGUGCUCUGCGGACUUCAGCGAUGCUUUGAGGCCAGGGUUGGAUUACACUAAAACCAGCAAGGUGGAAUCCUAUUAAUGUCGUAGAGAGGAAAGAGAUUAGAAUAGAAACCCCCCUGAGGGUGGCUCUCCACCUUGGCAGGAAUCAGUUAAGGCAGGCAGAGCCGACUUGGUGAUGAUUCAUGUUCAGCCGUUUUGUUCUUUGCAGAUUGCGUCUUCCCUCCUUCCCUUUUCUUCCUCUGUCAACUAAUCUUCUUACCACCGGAUUAAAGAUCUGCCCCAAUGAAAUGAAGUCACAGAAGAUUAAAUUUAGUUUAGUAACUUGGGGGGUCAGGUUACCACUGCUGUUGUGUUACAUUUUUAAAAAAUAAAAAAACCCUCAAAAAUUUUCCAUUCCACCUUAUUGCCCUUCCAGAUAUUUCCCCCCCACAGCUAUAUUUUACUAAAUCAUAUACAGUGGUACCUCGGGUUAAGUACUUAAUUCAUUCCGGAGGUCCGUUCUUAACCUGAAACUGUUCUUAACCUGAAGCACUACUUUAGCUAAUGGGACCUCCUGCUGCUGCCGCACCACCAGAGCACUAUUUCUGUUCUCAUCCUGAAGCAAAGUUCUUAACCCGAGGUACUAUUUCUGGGCUAGCAGAGUCUGUAACCUGAAGCGUAUGUAACCUGAAGCGUAUGUAACCCGAGGUACCACUGUACUGUAGUGACUUUCCCUUAUUAACUUAUUAACAGUUUCUCUUUUUUAUGAAAGUAAAAUCUUACUGUUAGGCAGUUUGGUUGAAGAAAUCAGGGUGGUUAAGGAAGCUCUGUUGCUAUCUGUUGUUAUUGACAGUUAUGGAGCCAGAAGGCAUUUUACUGUUGCCUAAUGUGAAAUUUCCUUCUCAUUUCCCCCUCUUUUCUGCCACACACAACCCCACCCUUGAUGGCACCCCCCCAGGAAACAUACAGUGCGUAUGUCCAUCUGGCCGGUAUGUAUCUCUGGCAUGAUCUGUUGGUUGUUUUGCCUUGUAGGAUGUACCACCAAGUAAGCAAAUCCUGGUUCUGGGUUUGGAUGGAGCUGGAAAAACCAGUGUGCUGCACUCACUAGCAACUAACCAAGUGAAGCGCAGCACAGCUCCCACGGAGGGCUUCAAUGCCGUGUGUGUCAGCACAGAAGAAAUGAAGAUGGAAUUUCUAGAAAGUAAGCAUAGGUAUCUAAUGAGAAACAUUUUUUUGCAUCCUUUAUUAUAACGUUUUGCUUAAGGAGACUCCUCCUACUGGUAGCAGCUUUCUAAGAUCUUGAGGAAGAGCCUUUUACAUUGCUGCCACCUGAGAUCCUGUUGGUUAUUUUAGAAUGUCAGAUAUUGAACCUCAGAGUGUCUCCAUGCAAAUUGUGUCCUCUGUUGGCCCAGAAAACACUCUGACGAUUAAUUGCAUCUGGAAUUGACAUAGUAAAUAACCCUUGACUCUUUCAUCUCAACGCUUUUUUGCGUGGCAAAUAUACAUGGCAUGGCAUUUGUUUAUGGAACUCUCCCCCCAGGGAAGUAGUUAGCGAAAAUAGCACUUUAUAAAAACAAAUCCCAGACUUUUAUCACCGUUAAAUGACUAUUUUCUUGCUGGAUGUUUUUCUCCACAAUUUUAUGCUUUUUAAAAUUAUUUUUUAUCUUACAAUAUUAUUUAGGUGUUUAUGAAAUUUUAAACAUUGUAAGCCAGCCUGAGUGGUGCUUUUGCAGUGGAAGAACAGAGUGUAAAUGUUUUAUGUAUAUAAAGAUAGGUGCUGGGUCAGGAAUACAAGAAUGAAGAACUUAUCAGAAAAUGUCUGUUUGGUAUAGUAACUGAAUGGUUAAUAAGUGAAUGACAAAGGGAAUGGAUAUGAUCUGUCUAAAGACUAAUAUGAGAUACAAGACCCCAAAACUGUCCACUAAAAAGAAGUCCCAAAUUAAUUGAGUGCCCUGGUUUGCACAUGACACUAAGACAUGCUUUGUUUAUCAGAUCAUGAGCUAACCGCAAGUUGUCCCCCAGCCAGUCAAACAAAUAAUGAAAGCAUGUUUUGUUUUUUAGCUUCAUGCCUUUGCAGCUUAAUAAGCAUCUGGAAUGGGGUGGCCAAACAAAUCAUAAUUAAGGAAGAAUGCUGGGUUCACAAACAAUGCCAAGCCAUAGUGAAGACAAAUCAAAAUUCAAACAGCAACCACUGACUUCAUAUGGUGGUUAUCUGGCAGUAAAUUAACCAUACUUAAGCUGCUAGGCAGGAGAUCAGGCUUAUCAAAGAAAGCAUGGUUUGAUAAACAACAGCCAUGGCCUAAUGUUUUGAGUGAAUGCGUACUGCAUUCAGUAUUUUCCUGCAGCUAUAUGUAUUGUAAGAGAUGACAGGUGGUGGUGGGAAACUGUUCAGGGAAUUUGUCCCUUAAGUUUUUUAUGAAUUCCUGAGUCCCCCCCCCCCCCAAAAAAAACCAUUUGAAAGCAGAUGUUCCAGGAAUACAGACAAGGGUUUGAUGAACAAUUGGGGGCUUUAAUUUGCAAGUUUGCUGAUUCAUUGUCUUCCUUCUCUGUUGACUUGCAGUUGGAGGCAGUGAGUCUUUACGGGACUAUUGGAAGAAGUACUUGCCAAGAAUCCUGCUACUAAUCUAUGUUGUGGACUCAGCAGAUCAUAAACGCUUGCCUGUUGCAAAGAAGCUUCUGCAUCAGUUGGUCCAGAGUAACUCCACCUUACCUCUUAUGAUUCUAGCCAAUAAGCAGGUAAAUGUGAACUCUAGAACUUGGAGUAAAAUUUGUAGUUUUGUCUUUUGAAAGUGUGUCAUUGUAGAAUGUACAUGGCUCCCCUGGGGGACAAUUUCUAAGCUGAUCAAUUGUGAGUUGUGCAUCUCAGUUUCUGGUAAUAACAGAGUUUCACUUUGGUGUCUUGCACACAGAGACUGAGACUCUUUUGUUUAGCAAGCUUCACCUUUCUUUCUAUCCCUGCUCCCUCUUUUAUUUUGUUGGUGGUUUGUGCUCCUUGCUUUAAUACCUUACUAGGAUAGGUGGCGCUGUGGGUUAAACCACAGAGCCUAGGACUUGCCGAUCAGAAGGUCGGCGAUUCGAAUCCCCGUGACGGGGUGAGCUCCCAUUGCUCAGUCCCUGCUCCUGCCAACCUAGCAGUUCGAAAGUACGUCAAAGUGCAAGUAGAUAAAUAGGUACCGCUCCGGCGGGAAGGUAAACGGCGUUUCUGUGCGCUACUCUGGUUUGCCAGAAGCGGCUUAGUCAUGCUGGCCACAUGACCCAGAAGCUGUACGCUGGCUCCCUCAGCCAAUAAAGCGAGAUGAGCGCCUUAACCCCAGAGUCGGUCACGACUGGACCUUUACCUUUUUAGGAUAGGUUGUUUUUGUUGUAAUCAAUUUAAAUCCUGCCAUUCCUCCCAAAGUUCAAGGUGGCAAACCACAUCCAUUUUUUAAAAAAUGUUUUUAAAAAUUCUGAAAGCAGUUACAAUAAAAAAUAGCAUUCUAAAAUCAGUUUUAAACAUUCUCUCAUCCAGUCAUCUCAGGGUUGCUAGCAUUAGUGUCUUUCAGCCAUCAAAUGCCUGGGUAUGCCUCGGCAUAUUUUCAAAUUAUUUGUAAAAGUUAAUAGUGAGGGAGAUAGGCACACCUUGUCAGAGAGAGCAUUCUACGAACAGGGAACCACCAUUGAAAAGGCCCUGUCAUGGGUCACGGCCAGCUGGGUAGUGGGAGCACCACUAACAAGGUCUCAGUUGCCAAUUGCAGGGUCCAGGAUGGUUGAUAUUGCUAGCAUUCCAAAUGUGCCAUUUUCUAAUGGGGUCACAAUGUGCUCUUUGUUCUGCAGUUCUCCAGGUAGCAGGUGUUACUUUGAAGAAAACACGGAUAGGUAGAUUAAGGUAUAACCUUUUCCAUUUCUCUUGGACAGGAUAUUGAAGGUGCAUACUGUAUCACAGACAUUCAUGAUGCUUUGGCAUUAUCUGAAAUUGGAGAUGAGAGAAAGAUGUUCCUGAUCGGGACUCAUGUGGCAGAAGAUGGCUUCGAGAUCUCUUCCAGCUUGAAAGACACACGGGAACUGAUUGCACAGCUGGUGUCAGAAGUUGUGUGA